UCAUGAAGGUUUUUGGCUUUUGUAUUGUGUUCUUGAUGGUUGUCACAACUUUUACCUUUUUUAGCCUCUCAACUACUACAGAUCCCUCUUGGUUUUCAUAUUUGUUUGGUACAAAAUGUGCUGAUGAAACAACACCAAUUGUAGUUAGCAGAAAACUGAAGGAAAAUUUCAAUAAUAAUAAAAGCAACGAAAAAGGCGGUAGGGGCGAUCGUGAAAAUCUUGAAGAUUACAAUCCAGCUGAUCCAACACCAGGUUCAGAUAACAAGGAUGUUAAUCCAGGACCAAUUGAGCAUGAAACUCCUCCUGGAGAUUAAUAUAGGACCAACUUGUUCUGCUAUUUAUGUUAUACGAAGCAAUACUAAAAUAAUUCAAUAAUGCUAAAAAUGUACACUAUAUAAAUUAUGGUUAUUUUGGUUUACUGCUAGGUAAAUCUGCAUAAAACAUCCGCAAAUAAAAUCGCAGUUAUCUCAAAUAUAACGUGCAGGAAAACAAUAUUCCAAUGUAAUUCCGCAUCUAAUAUCUUUCAAAAAUAUUAAUAAUUUAUUUAUAAGUCA